GUAGCAGUGAGAUGAGGGCACUGCGUGCGCUCCUGGUAUCAUACAGAGGUAUGAGGUGGGAGCUCAGCCCUAAUCCCGUGCAGGGUGGUUCACAGACACUGAAGAGAGAGAGAAAGAGACUGCAUAUCCACACACAACACAAGGACAAAUCACUUUCACAGCUAUUCUCCUCUUCCCCCACCCACUUUGGAUCUACACACUGCAGAAGGCACAACAGAACCAGGUGGCUUUCAACUGUAUACAGCUGCUGUGACUACCAGCAGACUUCCAGGGCUGAUUCCCCUUACCCCUUUCCCGGCUAAUUCUGCCAAGGAGUAGUAUUUGGACUCAAGUGCAGCGGGGCUGGGACAGGUGUGGAGACAACUAGUUAAGAACAUGAGCUGAGAAGAGCCCAUAGAUGGGUGAUCAGUGAAGUGCUCGUUGCCUGUAUGUUUUCCGAGUGUCAAAACCUCAGCUAACAAGGUAAUUCAGCGAGUUCUCAUUCUGGGUCCGUGCAGGAGCCGUCUGACACUGAAAACAAGAUGGAACAAUUAUCAAUAUUUGUGGAAGAGAAAUCUUUGUGGACAAGAUGGGGAAUUCAUUAAAACAGCAUUCUCCAAAAUUGCUGCAGUGUUGGCUUUAGUUGAAAGGUGCUGACUCUGGCUGAGGGAGGAUUCCACAUGCACAGGUACCUCACCUCCAAAUGACCAUUCCUCAGGUACAAACAGAUAGUUGAAGUCCACCUCUGCCUGACUCUUCACUGUUCAGGUUGCUCCAGUGUAAUGAGCUUCGUCAACCUUCUUCUCAUAUCUUGGCAAUAGACAUCUCUGAAGAAGGCCAUAUUUCCUCUCUCACCAUGAAGCCGUUGACCUUCCUGUUCCUCGCAGUGCUGUCUGGACUGGCUGCAGCCGCAUUCCCAGAUGAUAGUGGGCCCCUCAGCACUGGGACUGCAGACUAUGUGAGGCAAAGUGUAGCCUUCGUAGGAAGCGGCCCAGGAGCAAACCCUGGUCCCACAGAAAGGCUGGAUAUACAGCGGAUACUGAAAGUGAACAGGACCCUCUUCAUUGGUGGCAGAGAUCACCUAUACAGUGUGGAUUUAGAUGCACCAGCUGCCGAUGAGAUGCUUUAUAAUAAGAAAGUGACAUGGCGAUCGAACCAACAUGACAUUGAUAUCUGCAGAAUGAAAGGCAAAAACGAGGCAGAAUGUCGGAACUUUAUCAAAGUACUUUUGAAGAGGAAUAGCAGCACGCUUUUCAUUUGUGGGACGAAUGCUUAUAAUCCAGUGUGUGCGAAUUACACAAUGGAUACGCUCGAGUCUCUUGGAUCUAGUAUCAGUGGUAUGGCAAGAUGUCCCUAUGAUCCUAAACAAGCCAAUGUUGCACUCUUUGCUGAUAAUAAGCUUUUUACUGGGACGGUAACUGAUUUCCUAGCGAUUGACGCUGUCAUCUAUCGAAGCUUGGGUGACAGUCCAACCCUCCGAACAGUCAAACAUGACUCCAAAUGGUUCAAAGAGCCAUACUUUAUCCAUGCUGUAGAAUAUGGCCGGCAUGUUUUCUUCUUUUUCCGAGAAAUCGCUAUGGAAUUUAACUACCUGGAAAAGGUCGUUCUCUCCAGAGUUGCUCGCGUUUGUAAGAAUGACAUGGGUGGCUCCCAGCGGGUGCUCGAGAAGCAGUGGACAUCCUUCCUGAAAGCACGCUUGAACUGUUCAGUGCCAGGAGACUCCCACUUCUACUUCAAUGUCCUUCAGGCAGUUACAGACAUCAUCCGGAUCAAUGGGCACACGAUUGUACUUGCCAUAUUCUCCACUCCCUCCAAUAGCAUUCCUGGAUCUGCCAUCUGUGCCUUCGACAUGGAGCAGAUUUCCAGCAUUUUUGACGGACGUUUCAAGGAGCAGAAAUCCCCAGAGUCUAUAUGGACGCCGGUUCCUGAGGAAUUGGUUCCAAAGCCAAGACCUGGCUGCUGUGCGGGACCCGGAACAAAAUACAAUUCGUCCAAUGGGUUUCCAGAUGAGAUGCUGAACUUUGUAAAGACUCACCCGCUAAUGGAUGAUACGGUUCCCUCGCUGAACCAUGGACCUUGGAUUAUAAAGACAACCAUCAGGGAUCGACUGAACAAGAUUGUGGUGGAUACAGAGGCUGGUCCCUUCAAGAAUUACACGGUGGUAUUCCUCGGCUCUGAAAAUGGAAUUAUUCUCAAAUUCCUCAUUAGACCUACUGCAAGUACAAACUUUGUCAAUCGGAGCCUAUUUCUGGAACAUUUUGAUGCCUACAGCCCAGAGAAGUGUGACAGUGAGGGACAGGAAAACCGAAGGAUUGUGGGAAUGGAGCUCGAUAAGAUCAGUGGAACACUAUUGGUCGCGUUUUCCUCUUGUGUCGUACGUGUGGCAUUUGCCCACUGUCAGCAGCAUGCUGUCUGCAUGAAGAACUGCAUUGGCACUCGUGACCCGUAUUGUGGCUGGGUUGGAGAUGGAGCGUGUGCAUAUUUGGAACCAGGAACCAGUAUUCCAUUUGAACAAGAUGUCGAACAUGGAAAUACAACACACCUGGGUGACUGUGAAGGCCUGAUACAUGAAAGUUUUGUUGAAGAGCCCAAUGGUCUGGUUUCUGUCAACCUCCUUGUGAUAUCAGCCAUCGCUGCCUUUGUGAUAGGAGCAGUUAUCUCCGGAUUCAGUGUCUGCUGGUUCAUUGGCCAUCAGGACAAAAAGGAUACAGCACGAAGAAAAGACAAGGAAACCAUCCUUUCUCACAGCGAGUCUGUAGUCAGUGUAACCAAACUGGGCGGCAUGGUAGAGCGCCGGUCGAGAGGGCAGCCAGAAACCCUACUUGCUCCUCUGAUGCAGAACGGUUGGUCGAAGAACUUGAUCAAAACCAGCCAGCAUCACCUUGACUCGACAGUUUUACCAACACCGGAACAGACCCCAUUGCAGCAGAAACGCAGUACGGGCAUCAGAAGCUCUGAGUGGGAGCAGAACCUGAUAAAUGCAAGUCUAAGAGAUCAACCAUGCGCAGGAUCACCAAUGAUCCUUGUUGACUCCUCACAUCAAGCAAUGUCCCAUCACCUUGGCAACGUGCGGGUCAUUCCAACUUCCCGCCAUUCCUUUCAGCGGGAUCAGGAGCUGACGAGUGAUAGUAAAGACGUCAUGGACAACUAUCUUUCACAUAGUAUGAGAGAACAACUUGAGAACCCAGGUUCUCACUAUAGGUCAUCCUUGGGUGGCAAUGGAGGUAGCCAUGCUUUUGUGGAAUAUUCAGUAUCUCCUCACAGCAGCCCCAAAAGAAGAAGGGGUGCAUCAACCCCCAUAAUGCCACAGGACUACAUUGGGGAUGACCCAACAUGUUCCACACAGUGGAAUUACGAGAAGGCGAAUGCACCCAUACCCUCACAACAUGUGAGGAAUCAGACUUUUAACAGAGGGGAAAGUUCGGCAGCUCUGCAGAGAAAGGACCCAGUACCUGUACACCAUGUACAUCUCCAUCAACCAGUCCAAUCUGUCACCGGGCAACCUGACCUCGCAGGCUUUAAACCACCAAAAAAGUCAGGUGUUGAAAGGACACCUUUAGCAAAAUGAGACAUCUUGUGCUUUCCUAUCUCUUCAUUAAUCUUUGUGAAAAUGUGGGACAAAUAUUUAAAAACAGAAGUUAAAUACCGGAGGACACUGAGCGUGGAGACAACAGCACUCCUUAGAUAACAAAGGCCUGUCCUCAAAAUUAAGGAUGCAUUUCCUUUGCAAAAAAAAAAGAUACAUGAGCUUCAGAAGGACGGAGUAGUUUAGGGGAGAAAAAUUACUGAGGAAUCUUACUGGACUUCUCUCUACUGCUAACUCUUCAGGAGCCAUGAUAAUGAAGGGAAAAAUUAUCCAGGAAGUUUAAUUAGCGAUUUUUUGUGCAAUUUUUCACAGUAAGAUUUUUUAUUACUGGUGAUCUAAUAAAACAAAAUCCAACAGCACAAGAUACUGACUGUGCACUUCAGAAAAUCAUUAGAUCUGUAAUAGGAGUUUAUAAAGUUAAUUUACUGUUAUCGUUUACCACUGCUGAAAUGAAUUCAGCAUGAUCUAUUGUUUAGACAAGCUACUUUGGGCUUAAUUUCAGAUUUAUGCAGAUUAGAUUUAUGGCAGCAUAUUCUUUCAAGCAUAUAUGCUUCCCAAGGGGUUCAACAACAUAGAAUGAUAAGACAUAGGAGACCAUUAGGACCAUCAUGUCUGUACAGGCUCUUCAAAAGAGCUUUACAGUUAGUUCCACUUCCCUGCUCUUUCCCCAUGGUCCUCCGAAUUUUUGCCCUUCAAGUAUUUUUCCAAUUCCCUUUUGGAAGUCACUUUGGAAUCUGCUUCCCACCACCCUUUGAGGGAAUGCAUUCCAGUUCAUCAUAACUCACUGCACAGAAACAAACUUUUACGAAUUACUUUAAAUUUGUAUCUUCUGGUUACCAAUCCACUGGAAAUAGUUUCUGCUUAUUUACGCUGUCAACUCUUCAUGAUUUUGAGCACCUUGACCAUAUCUCCCCUUAAAUCUCUCAACUCUCAGAACAAUUCCAGUUUCUCAAGACUUUCCAUAUAAUUGAAGCCCUGCCUCCCCAAUACCAUUCCAGUAAAUCUCUUCUUCACCCUCUCCAAGGCCUUCACAAUCUUCCCAUAGUGUGGUGCUCGAAAUUGGCCACAAUACCCCAGUUGGGACUUAGCCAGUGUUUUAUUAAAGUUUAGCAGAACGUCCGUGCUUUUGUACUCUGUGGGAGAAAUUUUAACCUAAAAGAAAAGGUGAUUUUGG